AUGGCCAACCAUAUAUAUUAUGAACUCCCAGCGGAUGCCAUAGAAAUCACUCCUAGACCUCUCACUUCAUCACAAGCACAACAACAACCUUCAUUGCCUCCGCGGAAGCCUUCAACUCCAUCACCUGACGAUAAUGAGCAAUCGACAAUUCGAGGUGUACCUGGAGAUGAUCCAUCUGCUAUACCUCUACCACUAUUUACACGUCGAUCGAAUUCGAACCUCUUAAGUCAAACUUCAGCAAAUUCUACCCACAGUACUACACCAACUCCUUCUCCAAGCCGGCCUCCUAUACCCACAGUUGAAUCAUACGACAGCUCCUUCGAAAACCCAUCACCUCUCCCGCCCGACAGAUCAGAUCCAAAUAUCCAUACCGGCCCAGCUCUUCCACCCCGAAGGAUAUCUCAACACAAUCCAAAUGAAGUUUACUACACCCGAGAUUCCCAUAGGGUGAUCGCAUAUCUUAUACCUCUUCCUAAACCAAUCGAUGUUUCUGAUGCAGAAUUUCCUCAGCGCUAUCUAACAUAUACACCACCCGCUGCUCAUCUACUUAAACCAGCUGAAGGCAUUAAAGAAGGUAAACGACAUAAGGGAAAACGAGUCUGGCAGCGCGAGGUCAAGAAAGCCAAAACUUAUGAUGGUAAAACAAUGAGUCUCAGAGGACUUCAUAGUAAAACCACUAGAGGAGUAGUCUGGGGAAUCAAUUCCAUCAAAAAUACAGACAUAACAUUUCUCAACCGAGUGCCACGAAAAGAAAUUGAAGAACUUCACCUGAUAUACCCACCCACCAUUUCUUAUUCACCCAUCGACCUCCGCAACCAAUUCCUUUCCCAAUUAAGCCGCACCAAAACCCGUGCCAGAAAACACGCUGCAAUAUCUACUCUUCUCCUCCUCCCCUCCCUCCUAAUCGACACAUUCGCCGCCGUAAUCUGGCCUUUCGGUGGUCUAUUCGAAGUAGACGCCGUAUGGGCUUUCACCUCCGUUCGCGGCUAUCUCGUUUCUCGCUCUAUAACUAAAAGAUUAUCCUCCCAAGACACAAUUCACGAUCACGAACAAAUGCGCAUCCAAGAUCGAGAAUUAUACCUCCGCUUUCAUAAAUCUGAACAAUUGAGAAUACUAGAAAGAUAUGUCAAAGAGUUAUGUCAUAAGCAGAAUCCAAAGAGAUUUGCAAGUGCGGGGGUGCCACCGACGGAAACGGAGGUUUUGAAAGCGAUGGGAUGGGAACCGGAUAUGAGGGGACGGGUUAAGAGUGGAGAGAGGGGGGGAAUGCCGGAGGGUGGGAUGAGGGAUUGGGAUGAUGAAAGGUGGCAGGAACGAGAGGCUAAAGAUGAUUUAUUUGGGGUUCUGGGGAAGGGUGCAAAGAGUUGGGAUGGUUGGUGUAAGAAGUGGGAGAAAAAUCCAAAGAAGGCGGAGAAGAAGUGA